AUGGCAAAGAAUUCAAAGUUCAAAGAUACUGUCGAUGUCGAUAGGAUUAGUGAAUUACCAGAUGAGUUGCUGAGUCGCAUACUUUCCUUUCUUCCUCCUAAUUUUUCUUACACCACCCGUCUUCUUUCCAAGAGGUGGAAACCACUAUGCAAAUACAUGGUAGAUCUCCAUUUUAAUGAUAAAUUCGUGAAAGGCGAAGAGGAAUUGCAAUGCUUCCGUCACUGGGUUGACAAAAUCAUGCUAUCCCCAGACAUGAAUAACCUACCUAUUACAGCCUUUCAUCUUAAUUGUGGUCAUUCUGAAUUUUCACUAUUCAACUAUGAUGAAUGGAUUAAAGCUGCAAAACUGCGUGGCGUCGAGAAUCUCCAACUCUCCAUGUUUCAUUUCUAUACUGCUUUCGAAAUGUACACGUCAUGCUCCAAUUCCUUGGUGGAUAAGUUCAUCUCCGUGGCACCCUACAACAUAUUUAGCUGCCGAACCCUUGUGAUUCUCAAACUCGAGAGGUUAUGUGUGGCGGGCAAUAUUUUGUCCGUUGAUCUUCCUUUGCUUAAAACCCUUCAUUUAAAAGGUGUUUAUUUACAAAAUUCUGAAGAUCUCAAGAAGUUGAUAUGUAAAUCAUUGAUUCUUGAAGAUUUGUAUAUUAUGGUUGCCUACAAAGAAAGUGCAAGUAUUCCACUUCAACGAGUAGAUAAGGGUCCAUAUCAUGUUUUAUUUAAAGCAGAAUAUUAUAACGUUCAGUUUCUACGGUUAGAGGCCAAGCUUCCCAAUGAAAAGAUCAUUUCAUAUUUCAAAGACUCUUCAGUUUUUCGAAACUUGAUCCAGCUUGAAUUAAUAUUUACUUACUUUUAUGGCUGGGAUGACGUAAUGGACGUGCUUCAGAAUUGUCCCAACCUUGAAACUCUUUUAAUGGAUGAGAUUCUCCCCAAGUACACUGGAAACUUAGUUCCCGAAUGGACAUUGAAAGUCGGCAGCAGAUCAUUCACAAUCUGGGAAAGUCCAAAUUCUGUUCCUAAAUGCAUUUCAUCUCACCUAAGAUCUUGCACCUUAACCUAUGAAGGCAUGGAUGAUUCGCUUCGAUUUGCAGAAUAUGUUUUACAGAAUGCUCAACUUUUACAAGUUAUGACAGUAAAAAAUACAAAGUUUGCUGAAUCGGUUUACCACUUGGAAUGGUUAGAUGAACUAAAUUCAUGUCCAAAGAUUUCACCCUUUUGUAAACUUUCAAUAGGAUCGUUCUAG